AGUCUGGGAUAGAUGCUGCUGAGUGGAGCCGCAGGAGGAGACCCAGAGGCCGACACACAGCCCGGACCCCGGUACGUGACCGUGAGUCUCCUUCUUUAUAACUCUGAAACUUUGUCAACACAUAGACCUCCUCUCAGGAUCAAAGGGUCCUGCCGCCUCAGGUGUUCAUCAGAUCCAGAGCGAGCGGCGAUCAUCAUUCAGACGUGGAGCUGAGCAGACCUCAGACAUGUCUGUGAGGACCCAGCUGGGCCUGCUGCUGUGGAAGAACCUGACCUACAGACGCCGCCAGACCCUUCAGCUGGUGUUGGAGAUCUUGUGGCCGCUCUUCAUCUUCUUCAUCCUCAUCGCCGUCAGACUGAACUACCCCCCCUACGAGCAGCAUGAGUGUCAUUUUCCAAACAAGGCGAUGCCGUCUGCGGGCACGUUGCCAUGGAUACAGGGAAUCCUUUGCAACGCCAACAACCCGUGCUUCAGGAACCCGACGCCAGGCGAGUCUCCGGGGGUCGUCGGGAAUUUCAACGACUCCAUAAUCUCUCGCUUGUUUUCGGACGCUAAGAAGAUUCUCCUCUACAGUCAGAAUGACAGAAACCUGGACGGGUUCAAGGAGCUGGCUCAGGCCCUGAAGGCGCUGCAGGGCAGCCAAUCAGGGUUUAAGUUGAAGCACUUCCUGCGUGAUGAUGAGACUCUGACGUCGUUCCUGCGGAGCAACGCCUCGAUGUCCGAAUACAACGUCCAACAAAUCACAAACGCAGACAUCAACCUGGAGAAGGUCAUCCUGAAAGGUUUUGGGGUCCACCUGAGGGACAUGUGUCCCAGAAAGGGAGGUAAGCGGAGCCUGGAGGAGUUUGUUAAAAUUGAAGAUCCUCAGUUGUCCAUGCUGGUGCAGGAAGUCCUCUGCCAGGCCCCGCCCACUUGGUUGAACCAUGCCGAGGAGCUUUUCAUGAGCAACCUGGACUUCCUCAAACCAAUCCAGAGGGACGUCAAGUCCGACCCAGAGGCCGUCCGACAGGUCGCCAAGGCAACCAACAACCUCCUGGAUAAUCUGGGUUCACUGGCUGUGGAGUUGGCGAGUAUGAAGAGCUGGAUCGACCUGAGGAAUGAGAUCGUAUUCCUGACUCAGAAUGCUACGUCGUCUCCCAGCACUAUGUACAAGGCGGUCUCCAGGAUCGUGUGCGGACACCCAGAGGGCGGCGGUCUGCAGAUCAAGUCCCUGAACUGGUACGAGGACAGCAACUACAAGGCCCUGUUCGGAAACCACAACAGCAGUGAGGACGAGCCAGCUGCACUCUACGACAACUCCACCACUCCGUUCUGUAACAGUCUGGUCAGGAGCAUGGACUCGAACCCGAUGUCUCGGAUGAUCUGGACCGCUGUGAAGCCUCUGCUGCUGGGGAAGAUCCUCUACACGCCCCACACCCCCGCCACCGCCAGGGUCAUCCACGAGGUGAACCGGACCUUCCAGGAGCUUGGUGUGUUCAGGGACCUGGGCGGGAUGUGGGAGGAGAUGAGACCUAAAGUCUGGAACUUUGUGGAGAACAGCGAGCAGAUGGACCUGGUCAGGACUCUGCUGAAGAACAACGCCACCGCCAAGUUCUUCCACGCUCAGCUCAGCAGCACCGAUUGGACCGUCUCCGACAUUUCUGACUUCCUGACCAAGAAGGCGGAGGAUCCCCGGCCAGCUGGUAGCGUCCUCACCUGGAGGGAGGUCUUCAACGAGACGGACCAGGCCAUCAUGAGCAUCUCCCGCUUCAUGGAGUGUGUGAACCUGGACAAACUGGAGCCGGUCUCCACUGAGGAGCGUCUGGUGAAUCAGUCCAUGCUGCUUCUGGAGGACAGGAAGUUCUGGGCGGGGAUCGUGUUCCCUGACGUCGACCCCAACGCCACCGAGCUGCCCGCCAAACUCAACUACAAGAUCCGCAUGGACAUCGACAACGUGGAGCGCACCAACAAGAUCAAAGACGCGUACUGGGACCCUGGUCCUCGAGCCGACCCCUUUGAGGACAUGAGGUACCUCUGGGGCGGGUUCACGUACCUGCAGGAUGUCAUAGAGCAAGGCAUCAUCAGAGCGGUGACGGGUACCAAGGAGAAGACGGGCGUGUACAUCCAGCAGAUGCCGUACCCGUGCUACGUGGAUGACAUAUUCCUGCGUGUGAUGAGCCGCUCCAUGCCGCUCUUCAUGACUCUGGCGUGGAUGUACUCUGUGGCGAUCAUCCUGAAGAGCGUGGUGUACGAGAAGGAGGCGCGUCUGAAGGAGACCAUGAGGAUCAUGGGUCUGAAUAACGGCAUCCUGUGGUUCAGCUGGUUCAUCAGCUGCCUGAUCCCCCUCCUGAUCAGCGCCGGGCUGCUGGUUCUGCUGCUCAAGAUGGGGAACCUGCUGCCCUACAGCGACCCCGGCGUGGUCUUCCUCUUCCUGGGCUCCUUCGCCGUGGUCACCAUCAUGCAGUGUUUCCUGCUCAGCACGGCGUUUGCUCGUGCUAACCUGGCGGCGGCGUGUGGAGGGAUCAUCUACUUCACGCUGUACCUGCCCUACGUUCUGUGCGUGGCCUGGCAGGACUACAUCGGCUUCGGAGCUAAAGUCUUCGCUAGCCUCCUGUCCCCCGUGGCGUUUGGGUUCGGCUGUGAGUACUUUGCUCUGUUUGAAGAGCAGGGGGUCGGGAUCCAGUGGAAGAACCUGUUCUCCAGUCCUUUGGAGGAGGAUGACUUCAGCCUGCGCACCGCCAUCGUCCUCAUGUACUUUGACUCCUUCCUGUACGGACUGCUCACCUGGUACCUGGAGGCGGUGUUCCCAGGUCAGUAUGGGAUCCCCCGGCCCUGGUUCUUCCCCUUCACGAAGUCUUACUGGUUCGGAGAGAAGGAUGGAAAGUCCAGCAAAGUCCCUCUGGGCCGCAGAGGGAACUCAGGAGCUGUGUGCAUAGAGGAGGAGCCGGCUCACCUGGAUCCAGGAGUCUACAUCGAGAACCUGGUGAAGGUUUACCGUCACGGGAAGAAGCUGGCCGUGGACGGACUGACGCUCGGGUUCUACGAGGGACAGAUCACCUCGUUUCUGGGACACAAUGGAGCUGGGAAGACCACCACCAUGUCUAUCCUGACCGGUCUGUUCCCCCCCACCUCUGGGACCGCCUACAUCCUGGGCAAAGACAUCCGAACCGAGCUGAGCGCCAUCCGACAGAGUCUGGGAGUCUGCCCGCAACACAACGUCCUGUUCAGCAUGCUGACGGUGGAGGAGCACAUCUGGUUCUAUGGGCGGCUCAAAGGCCUGACCGAGGAGCAGGUGAAAGGUGAAAUCGAGCAGAUCCUGCAAGACACCGGUCUGCCCCACAAACGCAAGUCCAGAGCCAGCGCUCUGUCCGGGGGGAUGCAGAGGAAGCUGUCUGUGGCUCUGGCCUUCGUUGGGGGGUCAAAGGUUGUGAUCCUGGACGAGCCCACGGCUGGUGUGGACCCCUACGCCCGCAGAGGGAUCUGGGAUCUGCUGCUCAAAUACAGACAGGGUCGGACCAUCAUCCUGUCCACACACCACAUGGACGAGGCCGACAUCCUGGGGGACCGGAUCGCCAUUAUCUCUCAUGGGAAGCUUUGCUGCGUGGGCUCCUCCCUCUACCUGAAGAACCAGCUGGGGACUGGGUACUACCUGACCCUGGUCAAGAAAGAACCAGAACCAUCGCUGAGCUCCUGCAGAAACUCAUCCAGCACCGUGUCCAUCAAGAAGGAGGAGGAGGAGUGUGCGUCCGUCAGCAGCAGUGACGCCGGGCUCGGCAGUGAACAUGAAAGUGAGGCAGCGACCAUCGAGAACGGCCCCGCAGCGUCCGUCUGUGACGCCCCCCUCGUGCUCACGGACGUGGCUUUGGUCUCCAGUCUGAUCCUGUGUCACGUCCCCGCCGCCCGUAUGGUGGAGGACCUGGGACACGAGCUGACCUACGUGCUGCCGUACAGCGCCGCCAAAGACGGGGCGUUCGUGAAGCUCUUCAAAGACCUGGACCUGAAGCUGUCGGACCUCGGUAUCUCCAGCUACGGCGUGUCGGACACCACGCUGGAAGAGAUUUUCCUGAAAGUGGCAGAAGACAACGGAGUCGACACUGAAGUGCCCUCAGACGGUACACUUCCUGUCCGGAGGCGGAGGAGGACUCACGCCUUUGGGGGAGGAGACCAUCAGAGCUGCCUGAGACCGUUAACGGAGGACGACAACAACGAGGGCAACGAGUCUGACGGAGACCCGGAGUGCCGAGAGACGGACUGGCUGACCUGCACUGAGGGUAAAGGCUCGUAUCAGGUCGGGGGGUGGAGCCUGAGGAGGCAGCAGUUCGUGGCUCUGAUGUGGAAACGCUUCCUCUACGCUCGCCGCUCCAGGAAGGGCUUCUUCGCUCAGAUCGUUCUCCCCGCCGUGUUCGUGUGCAUCGCUCUGGUCUUCAGUCUCAUCGUCCCCCCGUUUGGAAAGUACCCGAGUCUGGAGCUGCAGCCCUGGAUGUACGAGGACCAGGUCACCUUCAUCAGUGAUGACGCCCCCACAGACGCCAACAUGCAGAGGUUGCUGAACUCUCUCCUGGAUCCUCCGGGCUUUGGGACUCGCUGUAUGGAUGGACACCCGAUCCCAGAGGCCCCGUGUACGAUCGGUGAUGAGGACUGGAUCCACCCGGACAUCCCUGAAACCGUCAUGCAGAUCUUCAGCUCCAGGAACUGGACCAUGGACGACCCGUCUCCGGCCUGUUUCUGCUCCUGUGACGGGAAGAAGAAGAUGCUGCCCGAGUGUCCCGCCGGAGCCGGAGGUCUGCCCCCCCCUGAGAUGAUGAUGAGCGCCUCAGACUCUCUGCAGAACCUGACAGGAAGAAAUAUCUCUGACUACCUAGUGAAGACUUACGCUCAGAUCAUCGGCAAGAGUCUGAAGAACAAAGUUUGGGUGAAUGAGUUCAGGUACGGAGGAUUCUCAUUGGGCGCCAGGAGCACUCAAGUCCUUCCUCCCGCCAAAGAGAUCGACGACGCCAUCGAGCGAGUCAGGAAGAUCUUUGAGCUUCAGAAGGGCGCGGCUGCUGAUCGGUUUCUGGACAAUCUGUCGGGCUUCAUCAACGGAUUGGACACAAAGAACAACGUGAAGGUGUGGUUCAACAACAAAGGCUGGCACAGCAUCGGAGCCUUCAUCAACGUGAUGAACAACGCCAUCCUCAGAGCUCACCUGCCCCCAGGUGCAGACCCCAGCCAGUACGGCAUCUCCGCCCACAACCACCCGCUCAACCUGACCAAGGAGCAGCUGUCUCAAGUGGCACUGGUAACGACCUCAGUGGACGUCCUGGUGUCGAUCUGCGUGAUCUUUGCGAUGUCGUUCGUCCCGGCGAGCUUCGUGGUCUUCCUGAUUCAGGAGCGCGUCACAAAAACCAAACACAUGCACUUCAUCAGCGGCGUGCAGCCGCUGCUCUACUGGACCGCCAACUUCAUCUGGGACAUGUGCAACUACAUCGUCCCGGCAACGCUCGUCAUCAUCAUCUUUGUGUGUUUCCAACAAAAAGCCUACGUGUCCGCCACCAACCUGCCGGUGCUCGCCCUGCUGCUGCUGCUCUACGGCUGGUCGAUCACCCCUCUGAUGUACCCGGCGUCGUUCUUCUUUAAGAUCCCGAGCACGGCGUACGUGGUUCUCACCAGCGUCAACAUCCUCAUCGGCAUCAAUGGCAGCAUCUCCACCUUCGUCAUGGAGCUGUUCGGAAACAACGAGAUUGGAGGGAUUAACGACAUCCUGAAGAACGUCCUGCUCAUCUUCCCUCACUUCUGUCUGGGUCGAGGACUCAUCGACAUGGUGAAGAACCAGGCCAUGGCCGACGCCCUGGAGAGAUUUGGUGAGAACAGGUUCCGCUCCCCUCUGGAGUGGGACAUGGUUGGGAAAAACCUGUUUGCCAUGGCGGUGGAGGGCGUGGUCUUCUUCAUCAUCACCCUCCUCAUCCAGUACAGGUUCUGCAUCAAACCCAGGCCGGUCAGUAAACUGACGAAGCUGGGUCCCCUGGGCGAGGAGGACGAGGACGUGGCCCGAGAGAGACAGAGGAUCGUCCACGGUCUGGGACAUGGAGACAUCCUGGAGCUCCGACAGCUCACCAAGGUGUUUAAGAGAAAGCAGAAACCGGCCGUGGACCGACUGUGUGUGGGGAUUCCACCUGGAGAGUGUUUCGGCCUGCUCGGCGUCAACGGGGCGGGGAAGACCACCACCUUCAAGAUGCUGACGGGUGACACGUUGGUGACCAGCGGGGAGGCAUUCCUCAACGGGAAGAGCAUCCUGAGAGAGAUCGAGGAGGUGCAUCAGAACAUGGGUUACUGUCCUCAGUUCGACUCCAUCAACGAGCUGCUGACAGGUAGAGAACACCUGGAGCUGUACGCCGUGCUCAGAGGGGUCCCCGAGAAGGAAGUGUGUGACGUGGCAGAGUGGGGGAUCAGGAAGUUGGGUUUGUUGAAGUAUGCUGAUAAGAAAGCAGGAAGUUACAGCGGAGGAAACCUGAGGAAGCUCUCUACAGCCAUGGCUCUGAUCGGAGCUCCACGUGUCGUCUUCCUGGACGAGCCCACCACUGGCAUGGACCCCAAAGCUCGCCGCGCCCUCUGGAACUGCAUCCACAGCGUCAUCAAGGAGGGACGCUCCGUGGUCCUCACCUCACACAGCAUGGAGGAGUGUGAGGCUCUGUGUACCAGGAUGGCGAUCAUGGUGAACGGCAGGUUCCGGUGUCUGGGCAGCGUUCAGCACCUGAAGAACAGGUUCGGUGACGGGUACACCAUCAUCCUGCGGGUGGCGGGGCCCAGCCCCGACCUUCAGCCCGUCAUGAAGUUCAUUGAGAGCGAGCUGAGCGGCAGCACGCUGAAGGAGAAACACAGGAACAUGCUGCAGUACCAGCUGCCCUCCUCGCUCACCUCGCUCACACACAUCUUCUCCAUCCUCGCCAAGAACAAGGACACGCUCCGCAUCGAGGACUACUCCGUCACCCAGACCACUCUGGACCAGGUGUUUGUGAACUUUGCGAAGGACCAGAGUGACGACUAUCACUCCAAAGACGCCUCUGUGAGGAAGAAAGACGUGUCCAUCGACAUCCCCACGAUAAGCUCCACCCCUGGAGCGGCUGAGGGGCGGAGCUCUCUGAGGGAGAGCGUCAUGUGACCGUGUUUUCAGACCUGCAGCAGAGCGGAUGCCACGCCUCCUCUGCUGUGAUGUCAUAGUGAUUUUUUAAAAUGUGGGCGGAGUCACGUGCUGCCUCAUGCCAGUCAAUGCAAACUGUUUCCUGUCCUCGGUGUGAUGCCGCCGCCGCCGCCGCUGCUGCCGCCACCACCGAGCGAGUCCGUUAGAGACACUUGAAUAAGUUGUUGUGUUGAUUGAUCGCUGCCGAUCAGCUGAUCAGCUCGAACAUGAAGAACCAAUCAGACAAAGAGUCGACUGAGAACAUUUUAAAAACGAUUGAUUCCGUUUUUAAAGUUUAUUUAUGUUUUUGUUAAAUCUUUGUGACAUCACUGCUCCCUGUCCAACAGCCAAUCAGUGAUCGGUACAUUGAUUUUAUAGUUUUUAUAAGAAAAGGAGAAAAAACAGAUUUGUAGAGUUUUACCUCGUCAGCUCCUCACGGCACACGACAGUAUUCAUCAGACCCGAUCACAGCUGAUCAUCGAUUCAAUCGAUUCAUCCAUCGAUUCAUCCAUCGAUUCAUCAACAGAUUUAACGAUUGAUUCAUCAAGAGAUUGAUUGAUUGAUCGAUCAGCUUUCAGCACUUUAAGUGUUUGCACUGACACCUCCUGGUUUUAUCUUCAGUUAUUUUAUGAAGCUGAUGAAAUGAGCUGUUUCUUGACCUUCAAAAUAAAAGACACAAAUCUGA